AUGGUGUUCGUGAGAACUUUCACGUUAAAGCCGCCCACCUACCAGAAAAAUUUUUAUCAGGAAGAGUUUGGAGCAGAACGACUUCAGGAGCCAACGCAGUGGGAUGUGUUCUUUGAUCCCAAAAUUUCUGAACCACUGGAAGUCAAAUCUAGAGGACAACAAGGGUUAUUCCUGGAGCUCAUACAAGCUUCUAAAGCUGACAAGAAAAUGCACAGCAGUAGCUCCCCAGUAGGUUCUACUGUAACCAAAAGAAACUACCCCUGUUCUGAAUGUGGGAGAAGUUUUGAUCGCCGUUCCAACUUAAUUAAACAUCAGCGUAUCCAUACAGGAGAAAAGCCAUAUCCUUGUACAGAAUGUGGGAAAUGCUUUGACCAGCAGUCCAAUCUAAACGUCCAUCUAAGAGUCCAUACUGGAGAGAAACCAUAUGGCUGCCCUGAUUGCGGCAAAAGGUUUAGUAUCAAAUCACAUUUACAUGGACACUAUAGGAUACACACAGGGGAGAAGCCUUACGAAUGUGAAGACUGUGGGAAGAGCUUCCGUGUGAAAUCUUCCCUAAAUAAGCACCAGCGAACCCAUACAGGAGCGGCCAAGCUCUCCAAACCACCUGAGAUCAAAUCAGAGGGUCCCCGGGCAAUAUUGCCAGAAGUGACACGGGUUUAUGCAGCUCUCAAAUCAGAAAAAAUAAUUAAAAUUAUGAGUAGGAAGCCCCCUAUAGAAAUCACGGUGUCAAACAAGAAUUUUUCCUGUUCUGAGUGUGGGAAAGGAUUCGAUCGGCCUUCACACAUCUCAUUACACACCAGAGGAUCCACACCGGGGAAAAACCAUAUCCGUGCAUUCAGUGCGGGAAACGUUUUCAUCAGCAGUCUAACCUGAAUGUCCAUUUGCGUCUCCACACUGGGGAGAAACCUUAUGGCUGUCCUGAAUGCGGCAAAAGAUUCAACAUCAAAUCCCAUCUACAUGGACACUACAGGAUCCACACAGGUGAGAAGCCAUUUGAGUGUGAAGACUGCGGGAAGAGGUUCCGGUGAAAUCUUGUCUAAAUAAGCACCAGCAAAUCCAUACAGGAGAAAAGCCAUAUAAAUGUCUCUCCUGAGAAGAAAAUCUAAUUAAACACAGGUCACUCACUCUGGGGAGAAAAAUCGCCUAUGCUCUGAACUUGGGAAAAUAAUUUUGCAACAGAUAAAAUCUUAUUAAGCAUGAAAGAAUUCAAACAGGAGAAAAUCCUUGCCUAUGUUCCUUUUGGCUGGUAAACCAUCCACAAAAGACAGAUAUUAUGGGGGGCCAUCUGUGAGAUAAUUUCAGGAAUAAUUCAUAGCAGAACACACACAGACACUAUACAUCAUAUAUUUAAUUAUGGUUAUUUUCAGUGAAUUCCCUAAUAAACUCAAUUCUUGCAAAUGCUUUUAUGGGAUCAGAGAGAAGCAGUGUGCAUUUGGAACUUAAAAUAUUUUGCCCUGAGACCAUGGAAAUGAUCCAACUUCUACUGUCCUGA